AUGAAACGUCGGAAUAGUUUGUUCCUUUCAUCAGGAAGUGGCUUCGGUAACAGUGAAGGCGUUGAGAUUGCAAUCGAAAUGGCGCCAGGUGAACCGCUUCGAUUAUCACCGGAGAUGAUUACUGAACAUAUUAUCAUGUCUGAGUAUGCUAUGAUUUGUCGAGAUCCAAUAGAUGGUUUAUAUGCGGUACCAGGUGCUCGAAAUAAGUUCGAAUGGUUCGGUUUGUUGUUUAUUCGACGGGGUGUCUACGCUGGUGCUAUCUUUCGCUUCACUUUGCAUCUUCCUCUUGAUUUCCCAUCCACGGAGUUACCAACAGUAGUUUUCGAUUUGGACGUAUUUCACCCACAUGUUAACCCAGCUACACGAGAGCUGGAUUUGAAAAAGUAUUUCGUUGGUGGUUGGAAAUCUGAUCAGCAUCAUCUCUACCACAUUUUGCUUAUUGUACAGAGGACAUUUUUUACAUUCGAUUCAAACCCAACGACGUGCGCUAAUACCGAAGCAGCAGCAUUACUUCGCGAUAAUAGAGAAUUAUACAGAAUGCGAGCCAGCGAACUUAUCAGGAAAAGUCGGUCUGUUAUAUACGAACCUGUUGAAAUGGACGAUGCAAAUGCCAUUAGGCUUAUGCCAUGGGAUGCAUCCAUUCACGAGCCAUUACGACAAAGGCUUAUAGGUGGACUAACUGACAGUCAAAUAAGUACAAUGUCACUGCUAGGUUCGCUGGGUUGUGGCCUUAAUAGGUCGUCGGUAUUCGAAUCCCGAGCUAAACACGGGUUUUCUUGGAUUUCUCCAACCGAUUUAUGCUAUAUGGUGGAACCGCCGAGACCAGUUGAGCUUGAUCUGAAAGUAAUAUCAGAAACGGAAAAUUGUCCAAUGAGUGCAGAACCAUCCUACGCUUCUUGUCCAGGUGAGUUAAACGACAACAGUGUAGCAAGUGAAACCAUCAUUCCUCAUCUUUCCGGAUUGGACUUGAGUGAUGGAAGUUACUUUAAACAAGAAAAUGGGAAAGAAUCACAAAAAGAAUCCGAAAAAAAUGAUUCAAGUCUACUAAAAGAUGAACUGCAAAAUGAGGAUGAUGUUAAAGAUCUUGUUGCCAAAAAUAACGAGAACAAUGGCCUAGCAGAGGAAACGUGUGAGGAAUGGGAAAGUAGGGAGCAGGAAAUAGAUGUUAAGCCAUUUUCUCGACUGGAAGAAUCUGCUCAUAGAAGAAAUGAAUACGUAAAGAUUUCGCGAAGUGCUGAUAUAUCAGAUGAAAAUGCUGUCCGAGUACGAUCAAGUUGGAACAGUGAUGAAGUUGGAGAAAGUGAUAUAUGA